CAAACAAAGAAGCCAUUUUAAUACAUUCACCUUUCACAUCUCAAUUAGAUAGCGAUUUCAGUUUGAAGUAUGACAACAGCAACGUCGUGAAUGUUAGAGCAAUCUCUACCCUGUUAUCGUUAUUAAAAUACUUUAAUAGUCAAUCAAUUUGGUCAAAAGACCUUUUAUUCUUCUUUGGUGACGAUUUAGAUACCUUCUUAUAUGACUACAUGAAUGGUCAUAUCAAUAGCAUACCAAAGAAUAAUAUAUGGCUUGGUUAUACUUUAGAUUACCCUUCAGAUAGUUUCAGUCAUUUAGAAAUUAACUAUGUACAUCCACUAAUUCAACCAAAUUUUGACGUAAUUGCAUCUUUAUAUUCAAUUGCAAGACAUAACAACAUCGAGAUACGUUCACCAGCUUUAUUAGAAACAUAUAAGCAAUCAAUAAUGGGUAACACGACUAGUAAUUAUCAUUCAACCAUGUUGAAUUAUAAAAUAGACGCUAUAACUAUAAAUUGUAUACCAAACAAUGGACCACAUGGUUUCCUCAGUUUAGGAAGAUUAUUAGAAGGAUACACAAGAUCAUUUAACAAUCUAAUUGAAAGGCUACAUGCUUCCUUAUCAUUUUACUUAUUUUUUGAUAACAAACUUAUAAAGUUAUCAGAUUAUAUCCCCAUUAUAAUUAUAGCAUCACUUAUCAACAUAAUUCAAGCAUUUGAGAAGUUUGAAAUAUCGUCAAAGGAUGCAAUCACAAUUACAAUUGUUGGUUACGUCACGAACACGUUUUUAAAUCCACAAAUAAGUAUAAUUUUAUCAACGUUUAUAUUAAGGUUUAUAACGAAUCGAACAAGUUAUAAAUUGUUGACAACUAUGAUAAUGAUUUACACAUCUCUAUAUAACUUUUACGUUAGUUUAUCUGUAGCACUUAUAUCCACAUUAGUUUAAAUAUAUUUUUAUCUCUAAAACAAGACAGUUUGAGGUAUUUAAAGAAACAUACCGCAGAGGGUGGAGGUGCAAGUUAAACACCCGUAAUCUAA